ACAUGUAUGUGACGUCAUCAGGGCUAGUUACCCGAGUCUCAGCGAAUGGUAUUAUGCAUACGGAAUACACAUACAACACACAUGUAUGUGUGUGUUAGGUAGUAAACGGUGAAUGUAAACGUUCUCUUCGAGACCAUAUUAUUUUAGUUGUUCAGCUCAAAUUGUCAUCAUGAACUUCGAAAUACCACCAGGAUUGACGGAUCUUCUGCAAGAUUUUACUGUUUCUGUACUAAAAGAACGACCCCCGGAUCUUGUCCAGUUUGCAGCAGAUUAUUUCGUGAAAUUAAACAGCCAGAAGAACAUUGGGAAGGAUGAUGAAGACGACUCUGGAGGACGCGGAGUACGGUUUGCUGGUGCUAGCCCUCCCCCGGGAGAGCCUAUGGAUGAAGACGACGACGAUGAUGACGAGCCUAUGGAGCCCCCAACAAACAGAUUCCAGAGAAGACAAUCAGUCUCUGCAGAAAGAUAUGACCCUGAGGCAGACUCAGAUGAAGGUGAAGAUAAGAUUGUUUAUCCUAAGUCUGACGAGCAGAGGAAGAGAUUGAGUGAGGCAGUCCGUCAUAUCCUCCUCUUCAGAUCAUUAGAUGUUGAACAGAUGCAGGAAGUAUUAGAUGCCAUGUUUGAAAAGAAGGUAAAGCCGGCAGAACACGUUAUAGACCAGGGGGAUGAUGGAGACAACUUUUAUGUUAUAGACAGUGGAACAUAUGAUAUUUUUGUAAAUGGCAACCUGGUUGGUAACUACGAUAGUAAAGGAAGUUUUGGGGAGCUGGCUUUGAUGUACAAUAUGCCUCGCGCUGCUACGAUCGUGGCCACAUCCGACGGGACGUUAUGGGCAAUGGAUAGAACCACAUUUAGAAGAAUAGUUUUAAAGAAUGCUUUCAACAAGCGGAAAAUGUACGAAGCACUGUUGGAACAUGUGCCAAUGCUCAAGACUCUUGAAUCAUACGAAAGAAUGAAUGUAGCAGAUGCCUUGCAGUCCCGAUCAUUUACUGACGGAGAGGUUAUCAUAACACAGGGUGAUGAAGCAGACUGUAUGUAUUUUAUUGAGGAAGGAAAUGUUAGAGUGACAGUCAAAAACAAGAGUGAUCCGGAUUGUGAAGAAUUAGAAGUGAAAAGAUACGAAAAGGGUGGUUACUUUGGAGAACUGGCAUUAGUUACACACAAACCAAGAGCAGCUACAGCAUACUCAAUAGGCAGUACAAAAUGUGCAGUGCUGGACGUGCAGGCAUUUGAGAGGUUACUGGGGCCAUGCAUGGACAUUAUGAAGAGGAAUAUAGACCAGUACGAGGAACAGCUAGUCCAGGUAUUUGGAGACAAGGCCAAUAUCACAGACCUAAGAUGAACGUCCUUCCCUGCUACCAAACCAAAGAGUGCUCAUCUCCUACCCACCUGCAAUAUCAAAAUCCUCAUGUCCAACCACAAAAACUCAACUAACAUGUGUGUCGACUGUGGCUUAUCAGCCGUGCUAUUCCACCGGACUCCAAAACCAUAGUCUGGUUUUUGGUGCUGGUUUGCAGACCUCAUCUUUCUUUAAUAUAAUAUGAAUAUUUGUUUUUAUUUAUAUUUUUUUUUCUUGAUUUUAGCAAAAAAAAAAAAAAAAAAGAUAGAAAUUAAUGAGAGAUGAAGGAGGGGUUGUUUCUUACGAAAUAAGUUUUUUGUCUGAAGAGUUGUAUGUAAACUGCUGUAAAACAUGACAAACAUAUUUCUGGUUUUGCUUUAACGUUCUGUUGUAGUCAUUGUUUGAUAAUUACAUCAAUUGGUGAAUACUGCUAUUGUAUCUAUAUAUCUAUCAUUUCACAUGGACGAAUGUUAUUUUACAAAUGUAUCAUCUUAAAUGCUACUCCUCUGGUAUGGGUGAACUGAUUUUAAUCAAACUAGAUUUGUAAUGUUUCGUAUAGUCAGAUUAUAUGCCCCCUCUAGAUUAUGUGAUUUUCAAAGGUGUUACAUAACUAAAUUUUCCUUUAGAAUUUAAGAUAAAUAUGAAGCGAGAUUUACAAUGAGACAAUAGAGGUAGCAUUGCACUUAAAAAUGUGUCUUAAAAUCACUAGAGAUUUUAAUCACCUGCACACUAUACCAUGAUUGCACAAAAUGUUUAUUAAUUGUUCCAUAAACUUUCAGCUAACAAUAUUUUUAAGAUUUGACCUCUCAAUUAUCUGAACUUACUUGUAACUACGGAUACGUUGACUUCCUUCUAAAGAUACCACAUGUACAUCGUAGGCCCAGAUUAAGGCAUGAUCGAUUGAAGACAAGAAUAUAUUUCUAUACAAUACCAAAUUUCAUGAUUUACACUAUUACUAAACUCCAAAAAUUUGGGCUUCUCUUUUAAAUUCAAAGGGAAUAGAUAGAUAAUUCAUCCUGAACAAAUUUGAUUGCCUCUAUAUUUAGUAUGUAAAUUUCAGUGUAAUAAGCUAUUAUUUUAGCUGUUGAAAUUGUUUGUCGGUUGUAAUUGGAUAUAGGUAUUUUUGGUGACAGUGCUGGCAGUGUUGUAGAGUCUACAAAACUAUUAACUUGAUUGGGUAGACGUUUAGAGUCAAUCUUGACUUAAUUAUGGUGUGUUCAAACAUUCUAAAAACCGUAAAGUGUGUGCCCAGCUAUUUUUAUGCUAUAUGUAUAUAAUAGAUGUUUUGUUAUAUAACGAACCGAACAGGUACUUGAAAGGUUAUGAUUUCAAGGCUACAAAUAAAUUUUGUUAGUUGUUUGUAAAUUUUAAUAUAUUGUGUACUGUUAAAACGGAGAGUAUAUAAUUUUAUGAUUGAAUUAUAUGAUAAAUUAAAAGAUAAUUUUAUAUGAUAUGUAAAUACAGUGAUAUUCCUAGCCGUUUGAAGGUAUUGCAGCAUCACAGUACCGAGGCACUAGUAACGGGGUGUUCAUUUUUCCUGUCAGCAUUUCACAAAAAAAUCGCAUGUUUUUAAUUAUUUAUUUUGAAUAAAAUAUAAGCCAAAAUUCUAAAUACGGAUCAAUCUCAUAUCUUUGUCAUUCAUCCUUUUGUAUUAAUUUCUCAGUUUCUGGAUUCGCCUUGAUCAUCAAAAUAUGCUAUAGUGCAUCAUUGCGACCAGGGGAGCAAAUGUUUUGAAAAGAAAAAUGGAAAUCUGACAGAUCUCAGAGUGAAGUCAUUUUUCCUGAAGAUCUUGGUGAUUUUUAACCAAAUUAGGUAUUCAACAUCAAUAGGAUCAGAGAUCAGAUGUGAAACUGAAUAAUGUAAAUUCAGGGUCGGUGAGAGUCGGAGUCUGGGAGAGUAGUAACCUAGAAUCUCAUUUUCUCUCGCGAGGAACUGCAUAAAUAAGGUCAACUCCAAAAACAGAAGAAUGAAUUUUAGAAUGUUACAAGUAAAAGAAGAUCAAAUAUUCAUCAAACUAAAUAAAGAUUGAUUGAUAAUGAGUGCCUAUAUAGAUCUCCCUGUGACCUCUUGUUACCUCAGCAUUCUGCUCAUUCCAAAUUGUUGCAGAUUAUAAAAAUAUUUGGUUUGAAUAAAGUUGAUGCGACUUCUUGAACGAGAAAGGUGUCAAUCUAAUAAUUUGAUUAUUUUCAAAGUUUGAGAUUCCACGUGGUUGUAAACAACUAGAAACAUAGCUAUUAAGAGCCAAAAAUAUCUGUGAAAUGACAGGAUUGGCAUGGGAGUCUGGCCAUCGCCUUUGGGAAUUACAUGUAAUCCUUCUGUGAUAACAUGGGAAUAACAGAGAUCCCAAAUACAGGCUCUUUGGUUUUAUGAUGUAAAUCCCCGAUUUUAGCUGAUGUUCAUAUUUCCACAGAUCCGAUACGUAUACAUCAUCAGUAUUUCUUGUGGUGUAUGUCUUCAGUAUACCACCCACUCAGAAUAAAAAUUCCACAAUUCCAAAACAUUGUUUUAUUUAUUGUUUCUUAUGUUUUUUCAGUUAAAAUUUAUUAUCGUAAUAUAUAUAUAUAUAUAUUAAAACCAGAUAUUCAUUUUGUAUCAAGAUAUUAAAUUGGCUGUUUCAUGAAUAAUAAUUAUAUUGUGUAAAAUUUUGAUAACCCGGUUAUCACAAGCGAAGUAGAUAUAUUUCCAAUAUUAUACACAAACGAAGUAGAUGACUGCAUUUGUAUGUCCUUUAUUGUAAUUAUAUAUAAGUGUACUGUUCACAUAGGAUUUAUCUCAUUCACCCCUAAAGACACAUUUGAACUCUUCCAAUUCAAACAUUGGAAUAGUUCAUUAUGACACUUCAGGGGUGAAUGAGUUCAGUGUGUAGAGAUAUAAUAGGAAAACUUACCCACUCCUGUGGGCUAGGAAAUAAAUAUUGUGUGAAUGGAAAGUUUAUACUUGUAAUUUGGAUUACGGUACUUCAUCUGUUUUCUUGUUUCUCGCAUUUAAUUUUUAUAUACUUUGAUUUUUUAACCUUUUUAUCAUUGAUUAUUUUUAGCUCGUCUGGCCCAAAAAGUGAAUUAAUAAAUUUUGCAAGUAAUUUCUCAGGAAGCACAACACAAACCUUUAUCAAAUUUCGCGAGUUUGUUCCCCAACCAUUCGACCUCCGUUUGUAUACUUUCAAUUUAGGCCCCAAUCUCAGAAACAAAUUAACCAAUAGUUGAAUUACCUGGAGUUUGACAGUUUUUAUAACUAAGCCAGAAAGUACUUGACGGGCUGUUAGAUAUCAUAGCUCUAUUUGACUUGGUUCUUAUAAGUUGUGCAUUUUUCAUUUUUCAGCUGUUUUAUCAGAAGAAAUAUAAACGGGGCAGAAAUCUACCUUAAUACUGUAUAACAUAUAAAUACUCUAGUCAUAUAGGUGUAUAGGUUUUUUUUUUGGGGGGGGGGGGGACAUUAUCCAUGGUAAGUCAAUCAUCGGGACUUCGACGGAACAUUAAGGGACAUUAUCAACAGUAGGUCAAACAUCGGGACUUUGAUGGGACAUUAAUGGACAUUAUCAACAGUAGGUCAAACAUCGGGACUUUGAUUGGACAUUCAGGGACAUUAAUGGACAUUCUCAAUGGUAGGUCAAACAUCGGGACUUUGAUGGGACAUUUAGGGACAUUAUCAACAGUAGGUAAAACAUCGGGACUUUGAUGGGACAUUAAGGGACAUUAUCAACAGUAGGUCAAACAUCGGGACUUUGAUGGGACAUUAUCAACAGUAGGUAAAACAUUGGGACUUUGAUGGGACAUUAAGAGACAUUAUCAACAGUAGGUAAAACAUUGGGACUUUGAUGGGACAUUAAGAGACAUUUUCAACAGUAGGUUAAACAUCGGGACUUUGAUGGGACAUUAUCAAAAGCUGUUGAAUGAAAUUUUGAUGAAAUUGACACAAACUUCUAAAAUUAUUCACAAAAAAAAACCUUGCACAUCAUCAUGUCAACUGCUUUUGUGGGAAAAAAUUAGAUGUAGCGUUAUCAAUUCCAUUGUAAAUUCUGUACGUUGUAUUUUAGAUAUGUUGGUCAUUCUGGUCGGUGGGCAUUUUCUCUAACACUGUUAUUGAACAGUUUGAAAUGAAUCUGUUAUUAAUCAACAGAUCACCAUAAAUGACAUGUUUACCUUGUGGUGUAUAUCUUUUACAGAUUCUAAUAUUCCAUCGUUGACCAUUGAAUAAAGUUAUUUUGUGCCAUAUUAAGUUUGAUAUACUCAGAUUUUUAUACAGAAUAUGUUAAAUUUAAGCUGUGUAAAUUAUUUUGUCUCGAUUCUAACAAAAAAACAAGAAAAGAACAAAACAGAUUUUGUUUUCACACCUGUAAGAAAGACACCCAACAACACCAUUUUAAUGUUAAUUGGAGAUCCACUGAUUCUGUCGCGACUUUUAUCCAAUUACUGAUGAAACCUGAGGCGUUCAUAAGUGUCAUCAUCUUGGUAAGAAAGUGGCGUGAAUGUUAUUGGUCUGACCAGGCCUUGACGUGAGAUCUGCAAGUGACAUUUAAUCUUUGGGGAGGCAGGACCAUGAUGGUCUUACACCGGUAACAGAAUGUGGCAUUAUGGGUAAUAUUACGUUGGUCAAGGUUAACUCUGUAUAUAUGCCUGUGUUGAUUAGAUAGUGACUUUGAUUAAUAUUGUUGUAGAUUGAAACUCAACACUUAUAGGAAGUCGGAGCAGACGGAGAAAAAUUAAUGGGUAAAUCUAGAUUGCAUUCCUGUCUGCCUAUAAUACAUCACAUCACUCCCCUUGUGUGUUUGGUCAAUUCCACAUCUCGCUAUUCCACAGAGGUUUCAGGUUAACAAAUCACUUUAAAUUAAUACUCUUACAACUUUUAUGAGAUUUCCCUCCCUCUUAGGGAUUUUCCUCUCGGCUGAUAGGUGUAUUUGUUUAUUCCAGUAUUGAGAAAAUAGCCUGCACUCAAUAUAUCAAGUGCUUUGAUAAAAAUCAAGAAAAGCAAUUCAACAAAUAUUUUAACCCCUUAUAAGCUUUGAUGUUUAUACGCACAAAAUUAGCUGUAUUUGAGUAAAACUAUAGAGAGGAUAUUGAAAAAUUGAUAAAAUCUGGGUUCAGAAGGUCAUAAAAAGCGAAAGGGUAGGUUGUGAUAAAGAUGUGUUAGAACUACAAGAGAGAAUCAAUAGCAGGUCUAGUUAGCCAAGUAAUUUAAUAGAAGUAUCGAAAUUCAGAGAAGUUUGGUCCAAAACAUGGUAAAAAAUGAAAAAGUAUUACAAAUAUUUUCAAUAUUAAAUAUCAUUUCUUCAUACCUAGACAUCAAAUGAAAACAUAUUCCAAAUAGAAAUGAUGUUCUGUAUUACAAUCGAGGUGAACAUGCAUGCACAACUUCUCUGUAUAAAAUAAAAAAGUUUGAAAGAUUUCAUGCUCUCAAUGCUAUUCCUGUGAAAAGAUAUUACAUUUCUUGUAAGUGGUCCCAAGUCUCCUAACUAACUGUUGUGUAUAUAGUCAUAUACUCCAUUGGUAGCAACCCAACAAUACUCUCUUAGGUCUAACUUUAGUUUUCUUUUUAUCCUGUAAUAUGAUAGUGCAGAAACACGUAGAAGCAGAGAACUUGCUGGAGCACACACCAUUUUACUUCGCUGUUGGUUUUCACAUACUCUAUUCAACCCUGUUUUCUCUGUAGUGAAAAUCUAACAUUGAGAUUGCUUUUUAGCUCAUCUAAUCCUUAAAGAACCAGCGAGCUUAUGCCAGGGCACAUCAUCUGUCACCCUUUUGUCAACUUUAAUUUAAAUGUUGGAUUAAUAAGCCCUGAACACCUGAAUGGAUUUGGACUUAAUUUGAAGGAGGCUCAAUUUUGAAUAAGUGUAAGUUCUGGGCCCCUAAGGGCAGUGGUGGGACACUUUCACUUUCUUCUCUUCAGAUGAAGGGGAUCUGGAUGAAAUUUAAUAUGGAGGAUAUAAUAUAUACAUAGGAAUUUGUUCAAAUAAGUCUGUGUCUGCCCCCCUCAGCUCAGAAUGGCGGGCGCCAACAUAGGAAAUAGAGGUUUGAAUUCAAUCCUGUUCUUUCUAUACUGAUCAAUAGAUUUAUCAUCUAAAUUCAGGUCAAGGGGACUUCAUUCAUAAAUUGAGAAUCUAGGAAAUAUAGAUUCAAAAUUUGUAUGAAAAUUGAGUGUUUAAUGUUGAAUAUUUGAAACCCAAAUUCAUUUUAUGAAAAAGACAUGUUGUCUCCAUGGUAUAUUUGCUGGGACAUUGUAGUGAAUGGUGCAGGCCCUUUCCACCUGUUGUUACUUAUGUUAGUAAAUAUAGUAGUUUAAAGAAUAUAAGCUGAUGUUGAUAUUGUUUAUUUUUCUAAGAAAAUGUAAAUUUAUAUCUGUCUACCUUACACAGGCUCUAAUUGGAUCUAUAAGUUGUCUUCAUCCGUAUUUUACUUACAAAGUUUUCUUAUUUUAGUUCAGGAAGUCUUCCUAUCUGUGGAUUUUAUGUUUAAUUAGUCUAGAAAAACAACACUCUGGUUCAAUAAUGCCAUAUUGGAGAUUUUGGAGGAAAGUGGAAGACUUGUAAAAUAUCAUUAUUGGAUUUUACUUAAGUAAAUCUGUUGUGCGCGGUGUGAAUUUGUAUUGAUUCUCUGAAGAAUUCUAUAGAAACAUGUGGAAUAUCUUUGUGUCGAUAUUGUCCUGUUUUUGUGGUGAACAUGUGGAGAAUUUUUUGAGACUGUAUCAAAACCAGAACUGUUGCUAUGACAUAUUUUGUCCUGAUCUUUUGUCAAGUGUCCAAUUGUUGUAAUUAAUUAGUGCUAAACCAUAUUUCAGAAUAAUAUUUUUGGGUAGAGGUACUUGUCCAUUUAAACAUUCAUUCAAGACACACAAAAAAUGAUUAUAAUGUACACCAAUUAAAUCUACUGGUAUGUUGGAGAAGUUAAUUGUAAUUUAAAAAAAAAGUAAAAUCUCUACAUGACUUGUAUACGUAAUUUGUAAUUUGAAAAACGGCAUUUACAAUAUGAUAUUAGUUGUACAUAUAGGUGAGAUAAAGAAUUAAGAAAAAAAUUGUAUUUAAAUCGUAGCAAAUUAUUUAUAUUAUCAGUAUUUAUCAAAUAGCAAUAGUGACAGGGGGAAAGUGUAGAGACAGAAAUUAUAUUUUAUAUGCUUUCUUGCCAGGUUUGAUUUUUACAGAACAACAACAGGUCGUCUUUUAUCCCGGGUCUAUGUGGACUCGAGUAGAGAUCCGGAGUCCAGGGAGCGGUCUCCAUGUUCCCCGGACUUACCGUAAGCCAAUCGGAAGCAUCAUCCUGCCAAUACAUAGGGCAUAGUUUAUAACAUCGGGAAUAUUUGAGCAACAUGUCCAGCUCAGAGGUCGAUAGAUAAUGGUAUUAAGUACCCGAUCUAUUGUAUUGUAAUGAAAUUUGAUGAAAUGACAUUCUCUGUAUAUUUACAACAUCAUUAUACUUUUUCCAAUAUGUUUUGAACCUACUGGUAAUGUCCAUGCUGAACAAAACGAAAAGUUCAUUAAGAUGUAUGUCAUAGUAAGAUAGUGUGUAUAGAUGAUGAUUUGAGAAGCACACCUAGGUGUUCAUUUUGUAUCCAUUGUUAAAAAUGGUGUUCAUAUUGUAUCCAUUGUUGAAAAUGGUGUUCAUGUUGGACCCAUUGUUUAAAAUGGUGUUCAUGUUGGAACCAUUGUUAAAAAAACAUUUGUUUGCUUUACUGACCAAGGUUGGAACAGUCAAUGCGAUUAACCUCAUUCACAAUUAACAAUGUAUUUUACCUUGGUAAGUUACUGAGCUUGGCUGAUUUUCUAUCUAGGUAUAUGUUUUAUAUUUAAUUUUGUUAGGGAAGUAGGAUUUUGUAUUGUGUUGUUGUCUUGGUCGUCCAGAAAGGCUAGUCAACAGUAAUGGCGUUGGACCAGUGGAGAUGUCGAGUUAAACUUGUGAUAAUUGAUGCUUGGCUGAGGUUUGUUAGAGGGUGGUGCGUGAUACUUCACCCAGUGUAGUGUAGCUAUAUAGGUUACAAAUACAGUAAAAACUGCAAUCAAAUUUUGUCAUAGUAAAUGAAAGUAUGGAUUCAAAUUGUUAUACCGUAAACCUGGUUUUUUGCGCGGGUGUUUAAUUUAAUUAUGCCAUUUCGAUAUGUAAACUAUACUCGUGGGGGUCAUUUUGGCAAUUGAUCUACCUCAGUUUGUAGUUCAAGAUGACACAAAUUGAUAUAAAAAUGAUAUGUGUGGAGAAAAUGUUCACGAUUAUUUCCCCCUCCUGUAAAUUUCCUAUCUUCAAACAGUAGGUAAACUGCAGUUUCAAUGAAAUAAUGAAAUUCAAAUUCAGAUACAUGAUUUUUGAGGACUUAUUUUACUCAUUGUUUAGGAAAAUGAUGUCCAAAAUUGUUAUAAACAAAUUAAAACCAGCAGGGCUAUCUGUGCUAACAGAUAUUAUUCCCAUCACUACCACCAAGUCUACUACCCGGCCAAGCAGACGGUACUGUACGAGGUCUGUGUGAGAGGUUCCACUGUACCCCCUAAUGCCUAGUCUUCCCGAAGUAUUUCAGUUACGUAGGAAUAUUUCCUAUUCUGAUGUUUCCAUGGCGUCGCCUUCAUUUAUAGUUUUCCAGACAUUGAAAAUAAGAGUUCAAAGGAAAAUCAAGGUGAAAGGUUGUGAUUCUGUACGAGUUGCUGGUAGGAGAGAAAAGAGACUGUUUUUUACUGUUAAAAACUGUUGAUUUUAAUAAAUACCAGGCAUGUCAAGGAAGAUACACACACCUCACAUUGGACACCAAACAUAAUUGUUGAAUAAUUGUUAUUAUAGAUGCUUAUUUUUAUUUGUCAAUUAUACAUUGCUAAUGUAAAACAUUUAAAGUACUUAAAUUUUGAUUGAAUAAAUUAUUUCAUCCAUC